AUGACUUUUCUGCAAUACUACAUCGACCCUGCUUCAAACCCUCGUUUCAGGUUGAAAAAAGAAGUGGAGCAUUACCUCGAGACGGGCAUGCUAAAAAGACCAGAAAAUACCCCUUUGAGCAGCAGUAAAAGCCAGAAGGGGAAGGCAUCAGCGUCAUCGGAUACAGAGAGAUCCGAUGGAUGGAGCUUUGAUCAGGUAAAUGUGCCUGAUGAGAUUAGAUGGUCACUAACCGAUGCAACCAAUGACAAGUGGUGUGCGAUUAGUGGCAACGAAAUUGUACCGCAAUCAACAACCCUUGUUUGGCAAGCUUAUUAUUUCCUUGCUGCUAACCAAUAG